AAAUUACUGCAUUCAUAAUUCAAGAACCUCCUAAAGAAUCUCAAGGAGAUACCCAUAAUGGCUAAAAUACCACCUUUUUUUAUUGCCUGAGGAUUGCCAUUUAGAGAGGAACAAGGCAAUGUGUGUUCUAAAGGGAAAUAGAUAAUUGUGCAUGCAGACAUUCGGGGGGGAAAUGGCAAAUCAAGUAUUCCUAGCAGAAGGUAAACAUGCGUAUUUUUUUAUUGGCUAUGAAGCUCAAAUUUAUGAAAAUGAUCGGAUUUAUAUGCCUCAAAAUCAUCCAGGAAAUCGAGUUUACUAUGUCUGACGUCAUCUAGGAGCGCCACCGGGUUUUCGUCUGCUGGCCUCCGAAAUGGGCUCGACUAAUCAGCCCUGAUUUCAUCCAUAUUUCUUAAUCAUAUUAACUAUUCCGAAAGCUUAAGGCAGUCGAGGCAUAUCCACAAUGAUAUUUGGAGGUGAAGCGGUGGACGAGGUCAGCUGCAGGUUCUCAGAGCUGGUUCCUGUGGUGCUGACUGCCUGGCCAACAGGCUCCACUCCCCGUGUUGCACAGUAAAGAGCCUUUCACGCCCAGACAAGACCACACGACACCGCCAUGAAGCCGGGUCACGAGCGCAAUCAGGAGUGCCUGCCUCCCAAGAAGAGGGAUCUCAACAACAGCACCAGUAGUAGUGCGGGAGGAGGGGCAGGCAGUGGAGUGGGAGGGGGUGGUGGUGGGGGAGGGGGAGGGGGGGAGGAAGUGCCCUCCACUCAGAGCUCAGGGGUCGGUGGUGAUACUCAGGGAGGUGGCACAGCAGAGGAGUGGCUGCAUGCUCAGCCUGGUCUACACUAUGGAGUAGAGAGUGCUGAGGGCCUCCAAGGGCUGCCUGUUGACCAGUACAGCAUGCUCUAUAGGGUGGCUCUCCCCUCUGUCUCCUACUCCCAGACCAGUCUACACCCAGUGUUAAGCCAUAUCUCUCCAGCUUACACUGUCCCCUCAUCUCUCCUACAGCAUCAUCCAGGUAUCUCCUAUCCCCCUCUAGGCUAUGCCCAGAUCCCCCACUCCUCUUUCCAGUUUGUCUCUCCAUACGGUGCAGUCCCUUAUGCAGUUCCCCCUGGCUUUGUUCCCAGCACCCUGAUCUCCCCCUCAGUUGCCCUCUCCCAGCCCCACCUGGUCCCCUACCAGUCAGUCAUACAGGAGGGGUUGGUCUCCCCUCCUACCCAGGCCCAUGUAUCUGCCCAUGCCUUUGCCAAAGUGGGGUCGUCCGGAGGGGUCCCGCUGAUGCUGACCUCGGAACAGGCUGCCCAGCACCAGCAACACCUGGGCCCGCUGCCCGCCGCAGAGCUCAGUCCUCGGGGAGUGCCUGUCUUUUACCACCCUCAGGGCAACAGGGCUGCGCCUGCCCCCAGGGACCCCUACAGCAGGGAGCAGGAGACAGACAGGGAUAGGGAGGUGAAUGGGGGGGAGAGGGAGCAGGCAGCCAGGGAGAUGCUCCAGGACUCAGUCUACAAUGCCAGGAAUGCAAGGCUGCUGCAGGCAGCAUCUGCCUCUGCAGCACUGGAGCACGCACAGGACAGAAGCUUGAAGAGCCGCAGGCUGGACGAGAGGGCUUCGCCUGGGCAGCGCAGCACCCCAGACACUGACCUGGAGGUUCAGCAGGUCGUUGGUCGCCUAGCCUCUCCUGUCCAAGGUGUGAGUGGAGGGCGCAAAGAGGUGUCCUUUGGUCCCCUGAACCUAUCCCAGGGCUCCCAGAGAGGCAGAGAGGCUCAUGGGGAGGCAGGGGAGAGUGCUGGCCGGACAGCAUACGCGAUCCACCCUGCGGUGUAUGGAGACCCCAGGGUGACGGCCCAUCAACAGCAGGCAGGGCAGCCAGGCCACGCGGUCAUCUUGGCCAAUGGACAGACAGUCCUGGUCCCCUUAGACUAUCACCAACAUCAACAGCCACCCCAGCACUACCCCAGCCAGACCAAUGACGACACCUCUGCUGUCACCAUGGCCUCCCCCACCACCUACUCUAAAGCCUCUGAGUCUCCAGCCAGAGUGUGCCUCCCAGACAGGGCUGUGGUGGAACUGGCCGCCGUGGAGCAGCAGCCUAUUUCUGUCCCAUUCGCGGCAGCCCUCACGCAGGCCCUUGCCCCGGCGCCCACCCCUGCCCCCUCCAAUCCCUCCCAUUUCAUGAAGGGGGCCAUCAUCCAGCUGGCCACGGGGGAGCUGAAGCGCGUGGAGGACCUGCAGACUCAGGAUUUUGUGCGGAGUGCUGAGGUGAGUGGGGGGCUGAAGAUCGACUCCAGCAUGGUGGUGGACAUCAGGACCAGCCAGCAGAGACCCGGCCUGGUGGCGCUGCACUUCACAGUGGGCGAGCAGCAGAGCAAGGUGACCAUUGACGUGCCCCCGGAACACCCCUUCUUUGUGUUUGGCCAGGGCUGGUCCUCCUGCAGCCCAGAGCGCACGGUCCAGCUCUAUGGCCUGGCCUGCCACCACCUGCAGGUAGGAGACGUGUGCGUGUCCAUCACUCUGCAGCAGCCGCCCCAGCAACAGAAACAGCCCCUGCAGCAACAACAGCAGCAGCAGCAGACCCAAGCCAGGACUUCCACCAAAGUCAACUCCACAUCAGGGGCCAUCGGCCAGCCUAUGGGGCCCCCUGCCCCCCAGCAGCCCAGGCCACAGCCUCACUUCAGGAUGGAACGUGUCCACAGAGAGAGGGAGAGGGGGGAUAAAGAGGAACCCAUGCAACUAGGGGGUGUUGGGCAGAGUGAGAUGCCCACCAGACCAAAUAGGACUUCAGCAGAGCACACUAGGAGCCAGAGCAGUUACUAUUUGCACACAGAGGGUUCUGCUCGUCCAGGGGCGGGGGUGGGAGUGGUGUCGACAGUGUCGAGCGCGUCUCAGAGGCGCUGGUCCUCCCCCGGCCUUCAGAGAUACAUGAAGGUAGAGGAUGGGGCGCACCCUCAGCUGGGCCCCUCCGGCUCCUCUCGACCCUCCUUCAUCCCACAGGAGGUCAAACUGUCCAUCGAGGGGCGCUCUAAUGCUGGGAAGUAGCACCAACCAUGGCAGUCCACACCACAGAAGAGACUGUCAGAGGAGUGAAAGCAUCAGAUAGGGGGAAAGGGGAAAAAGAGUGGGAAUGUAGCCUCUGAAUGUUUGAUAUUUUGCACACAUAAUAAGAUUACAAGUUCUUUGUUUUCAGGGGAACUACCUGGUCUGGAGGCUGGUCAGGUCCGCUCUAUUUGCCUGUCAGUCAGUCCGGACAGUUCCUGGUCCAGUGAUCAGGAGAUUAGGUCUCUGCUCUCCCAGGCUGACAGGGAGCGGAUGCAGAAGCAGGGAGUGUAUGUAGCUGGUGAAUCACCAAAGUCUUCAGACUGCAUCUUCCUUCCGCCCUACCAACCUCUCAGUACCAUCCUUAUCAGAGGUGAACCAACCCUCAGAACCAUCCUCGUCAGAGGUGAACCAACCCUCAGAACCAUCCUCGUCAGAGGUGAACCAACCCUCAGAACCAUCCUCGUCAGAGGUGAACCAACCCCUCAGAACCAUCCAUAUCAGAGGUGAACCAACCCCUCAGAACCAUCCUUAUCAGAGGUGAACCAACCCCUCAGAACCAUUCUUAUCAGAGGUGAACCAACCCCUCAGAACCAUUCUUAUCAGAGGUGAACCAACCCCUCAGAACCAUUCUUAUCAGAGGUGAACCAACCCCUCAGAACCAUCCUUAUCAGAGGUGAUCGCAUUCACUGGACUUUCUCUUUUUGACCAAACUAUCUCCUCUGGAAACUCAAGACUGGGGAGAAUAUGUAGCCCAUGUCUGGUAGACAGACAACAGGGUCUGACACAGUGACAAGAACAUAGCUAUCCUAUUAUGCUCUGUCUCCCCCCACAUUUCUAUUUUGGUCUGUUACCUUCAAAAGCGUUCUCCCAAAAAGAAGAAAAGACUAAAGACACACCUGCGGUGCUGAAUUGCUGGUAUCGGCACAGAUGCUUUUCCCUCUAAUGAUGUUAGUUCUCUUGAUGCAGACUCUUGACGUGUCAUCGUCAAUUAGUGUGCUUCUCUAGUAGGAGCAGAGGACUUCUACUAAGGCACAGACACUCUCCCUCAUCUCCCUGCCUCUCCUCGUAGGGCCCAGUCUGCUGAGAGAGGGUCUGAGAGGAGGGCAGGCAGCCUUAGAGGUCUUUCAAUCAGCUCCUUCAAUCAACCAAUCAGAACCUAGGAAACCGCUCACUCCUUUCGUAAGGCACCAACCAAGCUUCCCCGUUUUUCAUUUUACACCCCGACCCCACUUUGUGCCACGGUUACAUGUCAGUUUUCCUUUCGAAAGAAACCAAAAGAGAUCAUGCAUUCCAGUAUCAUAGUGAUUAUCAGAGUGACCACAAGACAAAACAACACUCAUCUUCCCGAAUGCAGCCCUCCCUGCCUGCUAUACCGCUCAGCAUUCCUCUGCCUGACUGGUGACUGUUUACUGUCGUUGUAUUAGUAGGUACCACUACUGGAGGCACGGGCUGCUCCACUAAUGUCACCUGUAGGAAUGAAGCCUGCAUGGAGCAGUACUGGCUGCAGGCAACUGGCCUGCUCAGGCCGCAGCCCGUCGUGGACGGUGAGGGCCAAAGAGUGGGACCCCAGCCCCCAUUGAGCCAUGUUGGCACCCAUAGAAUCUCUUUCAGUGCAGCAGCCCCUGGGCCUAUGAGGGGAGCCCUGUGUGUGUUGGAGGGGAUGGAGUUGGUCCUGCUUUAUACCUAUUUCACACUAUUGUCCCAACACAAACUGGGGGGGAUCUUUUGGCUUGCUUUCCAGUGAAUAUAAUUGGUUUAAGGUUAGCCUGCCAUUUUCCAGCCUGGUUUCGGUUGUUCAUGGCUAGCUAACUAUGUGCCUCUGCUCGUUUAAAAGCAGGAUGGCACUAGAUAUGUUAUCUGGCCAGGUCAGCAUACACGACUGUGUGAAAUGGGUAUAUGAGUCUAGUCAAUCCUUGCUCAGUUACCAAAAUCAAAGCAAUAGUGGCGUUCCUGUUUAUUUGGGGUUUUCUGUGUAUUUUGUUAUUGUUUUUAUAUAAAUAUACAGCUUGCGUAUCAGACCUAAUACUAUCUUUAACCCUGACCUGAAACAUUCCUGCUUUUCAAAGGUGAUGCACAAUUUGUCUCUGAAAUGUUUUGUUCUUUGUAUGGUUAUUACAGAUUCACAAUCAAAGCAUGCCUUUUGAAAAUAAUUUGUUUUCAAAAACCAGGCAUUUCUUCUGGAGAGAAUAGUCUCAUUUUUGAUGGACUGGUGGUUCGGGCUCUGAUCCUCACUGAUAGUGUUUUAUAUGGUUUUAUAUAGUUACCCUAUAUGGUUACCCUAUAUGGUUUUAUAUGGUUACCCUAUAUGGUUUUAUAUGGUUACCCUAUAUGGUUUUAUAUGGUUACUCUAUAUGGUUUUAUAUGGUUACCCUAUAUGGUUUUAUAUGGUUACCCUAUGUGGUUUUAUAUAGUUUCCCUAUAUGGUUUUAUAUGGUUACCCUAUAUGGUUUUAUAUAGUUUCCCUAUAUGGUUUUAUGUGGUUACCCUAUAUGGUUUUAUGUGGUUACCCUAUAUGGUUUUAUGUGGUUACCCUAUAUGGUUUUAUGUGGUUACCCUAUAUAGUUUUAUGUGGUUACCCUUUAUGGUUUUAUGUGGUUACCCUAUAUGGUUUUAUGUGGUUACCCUAUAUGGUUUUAUAUGGUUACCCUAUAUGGUUUUAUGUGGUUACCCUAUAUGGUUUUAUAUGGUUACCCUAUAUGGUUUUAUAUGGUUACCCUAUAUGGUUUUAUAUGGUUACCCUAUAUGGUUUUAUAUGGUUACCCUAUAUGGUUUUAUGUGGUUACCCUAUAUGGUUUUAUGUGGUUACCCUAUAUGGUUUUAUAUGGUUACCCUAUAUGGUUUUAUAUGGUUACCCUAUAUGGUUUUAUAUGGUUACCCUAUAUGGUUUUAUGUGGUUACCCUAUAUGGUUUUAUGUGGUUACCCUAUAUGGUUUUAUGUGGUUACCCUAUAUGGUUUUAUAUGGUUACCCUAUAUGGUUUUAUAUGGUUACCCUAUAUGGUUUUAUAUGGUUACCCUAUAUGGUUUAUGUAGAAUUGUUUUAUUUUGUCCAUGGCAAUAUUAUUUCCAGUGGACCUUAAGAUUGUCUUGUAUUGCACAUAGAAAACUUCACCUGUUGAUUCACACUGACCUUGUAAUGGGAAUUACAAAUGUUUUUGUAGUUAUUACAUUUUUUAAAAGUAUUCUUAAGGUAGUUUUGGCAAUAGAGAAGCUAACUUGCAUGGUUGACACUGUUUACAAAUUAGCCAAGAGAAAAUGCUGCAGUUUCCUUUUUCGGACACAGAUUUUAGUCACAGAAACUUCAAGUGGAUAAAAUCAAGAUGAAGUGCAAUUAGAGCAGAUGUAAAAAUGUUUAAGUCAUUUAGUCAUUUAAAAAUCACUCAGACAUUUAGUUUAUGUCAUUCCAUAAAGCAGCCAGACAUUUAGUUUGAUAUGUCAUUCCAUAAAGCAGCCAGACAUUUAGUUUGAUAUGUCAUUCCAUAAAGCAGCCAGACAUUCAGUUUGAUAUGUCAUUCCAUAAAGCAGCCAGACAUUUAGUUUGAUAUGUCAUUCCAUAAAGCAGCCAGACAUUUAGUUUGAUAUGUCAUUCCAUAAAGCAACCAGACAUUUAGUUUGAUAUGUCAUUCCAUAAAGCAGCCAGACAUUUAGUUUGAUAUGUCAUUCCAUAAAGCAGCCAGACAUUCAGUUUGAUAUGUCAUUCCACAAAGCAGUCAGAUAUUCUCAUUAGCUUAUAGUAAUUCCAGUUAUUUUUUAUUCUAAAAUGUCUUUACUAUUAAUGCUCUUAUCAGAAAGACAUUUCACCUCAGUUUUGUCUAGUUUUAAUGUUUCUGGUCACUUCUGAACCGGUAGUCCUGUCUGUAAAUGACGUGUAUUUGUUUUGAUAUCACCUGUGUCACAAGAUGUGCUCCAACACAGAUCCAAGCAUUAAUAUCCCAGGCUCACUGAUACUGUGUGAGAAGGUAACUGUGUGUUAGAGCAUCUAUCUACUGGCCUGUCUGUACCUGUAUCCUGGGCUUUGAGCUCUGAGGUGAAGACUGGUGAUUGUGUGUGGUGACACCCAAUGCCUUCUAAUGGACUGGAGUCCCUCAUCCACGCUAUUUAUAGACGGCUGUGUCAAAUCUAGUUCAUACACCCCUUCCAACCCCACCACCCUACUGCCUCCAGAACAUUUCUGUUGAGUGGAGCCCCCAGGGACUCACGGUUCACUGAGGAUAAAACCUCUGACUGUCUUCGACAACAAGGGGAGGUCCGUUAGGCCUGAUCAGGGCAGAGUCACAUACCAUUUGAUACCGUCAUGACAACCAAUCUGAAAUUUUGUUGAAAAAUAAAUGUUUUUAAAUACGGUAGUGGUCAAAUGCCAUACAGAGAUGAGCUGGAUGAUUUUACACAGUGGAGCAGUAGACAUUUAGCCAUAAACCGCUCAAUACUAAUUCAUUUAUUUUUUACGGUGAUUACGUUUGUUAAAAUGUUUUUUGCUAUAAGCAAUACAGUUACACAGAAUACCUGAAAACGUCAUGUAGUAUAAGCAUGUGCUAUGCAGUAAACUCUGAAGUAUUCUGCUCUUCAGUGUCAAAGUGUACCUACUACGGGGUAGGACAGGUUUGUAAUGUAUAUAAGAAGGUGGCUGAUGCAGUCAUUGUACACUGAUUUCUCUGAGUACUAUUGCUUAUCAGUGCCCACUCUUGGGUGUCUGAAUAUAGUGGAUUUAUUUUGUCAGGUUAAGUUUUUGUUCAGACCCUUAGUUGUCACUAACCUAAGUUCACCACAGUGUUUUGUUCCAGUCAGCUCAGCCUAUGACCUCCACCUUCCGCUGCCAGGCAGUACGGGACAAAUCAUGACCAGAGAUAGGUAUGCAUGUGUAACUCAAAUUUUGAUGUAAAUCUGUCAUUGACAUCUAUGGAUUUGUGCUGAAAUUCAAAUUAUGUGCAUGGAUAUCCAGUUAGAUUUUGGCCUUAUGAUCUCUCUUGGUCACGUGUAGCAAUACCUUGGUAUGAAUGUUAAGGUGUGUAUUCAGCCCUGUAGGGUCAGAGUCUUCUCUUUGGUGAACUUUUACUCUCCAAAAUGUACUGCCUUACCAAGGGCUCUCAGCUGGGCCUGUCUCACAUUUUAUAGGAGAUGGUGUGGAGAGUGCAGAUGCUCUGAAAAAGAACGAUGUCAACAGCCUGCCUGUGUCUGUGCACUGUUGUCAAAUGUUUUGUGAAUGGGUUGCAUCUCAUGUCCCACCUCCCUGGGGGCUCUUCCAGAAAGCAGGAUCAAUGAGUUAGCCAGCUAACGGUCCCCCAAAAAAUGUAAAUAACAGCAUUUUUUUCCGAGAAUUAUGAACUUGAAAUUUGUAGUGGUAUAAUUGACUUGACAACCAACAAUCCAUAUUCAGGUUUAGUUUUCUCAAUGAAAAUUAAGAGAUUUAUUUGGCUGCUUAUCAAAGUUACCUGGCUAAGGUAAUGAUCCUGCUUGCUGGAACACCCCACUGCUCAUCACUCUUUCCUCCAGAUAUUCUUACUGCAGUAAAAUAUCAUGGAACAGAACUCCUCACAUGCACAAACAGCACUUCUGUGUCUUACCACCUCCUCUCUUUGCCAUGCCACACAACAUGUGUAUCAAACUCAGUAUUGUGGUCUGGGACAACCAUUCUAGGUGCAAGCAGUGCCUCCUGUUUCUUUACCUCUUCCUCUCUGUCUUGAACACAGUAUGUGGUAGUGGCUGUAUGACCACUCUGACUCUCAGCAGACAGUCAAGUGGACAGGCACAUUAGCAGCACGCCCUCUGUUACACUCAGACUAGCAUCGUUCUCAGACUUCUCUUCAGAGCGUGAAAGGGCUACUUCAGCAGUUUUCUAGGUUCUUCUCUUGACUCUAACCAUCGUAAGAAAGGGGAAACAUUUGACCUGUACGUUUUUGACCUCACUCUUCUUAUUACAAUUUUAUUCAAGAAAGAAAAUUGCACUAAUUUGCCAUCCUUUAUAGUAUUAUAAAAUUAACGGUUAGUUAAUUGAAGUUUUUAAUUAUUAGCGCUAAACAACACAAAACCCAAUGAAACAAUCACUUGACUGUUGUGCAUGUUUGUAGAGAUAAUGUUUUAUGUGGCUAUUAUCAAGCUUGUCAAUAACGCCUUAAGAUCUGCUUUGUACAAUGUGUUAAUGGAAUGAUGCUUACAAGUGACCCAGUUUCCCUGUUUUUCUGUAGCUGCAAAGGUGGAUCAGUUCACUCUUGUUGUAUUGACCCCCUCUUGGCACUCUCCCGGUGUUUUAUUCAUAAGCAGAAAGGCAUUUGGAGAUGGAUUGUAUCUCUGGAUAUGGAUAGGUUACAGUGAGGGAUCAUGUAAGAGUGAGUCCCUAGCACUGCUUGAAAGCUGGACCAGUAACUGACUCGCUGUUUCUUUUCUUUUUAAAUACACGCACCACCCUCUGUUGUUAAUGUGAGUGGACGUUGGGAGUAGGUCCCUGAAGGUGAGGUUGUGCUCAAUGUAUUUUAGUUCUGGUCCUGUCUGAUCUACAUGGGAGAGAAUGUGAGGCUUUUCAAACCAGUGACAACUUUCCUUUAUUGGUAACUGUAUGGUCUGUUUUUGUUUUGUGAUUAUGGAAAAAGGCUUUAUGACCCUUGUAUAAAGUAGCCCUGUUGGUCUGAUCUUGUAUGACUGAGGUAAAUAGACUGGAUGGGAUGGUGUUGUCGCCAGGCACUAGAGAUGCAGAAUUAAAUCAGGAAGAUGGGAAUGGUUAAAAGUUUUAAUGGAGUUGUUGUGUAUUUUCAGAUUUGACAUUUGUAUUUUGGCACUAAAGUUACUGCUUUUUACGUGACAUUUGACCAGUUUUAAAAGAAACAGCAUCCUUUUUUUAAAGUAUAAAAUCUGCAAAAUAUAUGCAAUGAUGUAUAUGUAAUAUUCAAUCCUCAAAUAUAAUCCAGGUUGUAUAAACUUUUGUAUAGUGAGUUUUAAUAUCGUAUGGCCGUACCAAUAUGUAUUGAUUCUUAUCAAAAGCCUUAGUUGUCUACCCAAAGUGCUCCCUUAGAAUACAGUACCCUACACCUAUCUGAACUUUACAAAGCAUUAAUAACUAUUUUGUUUGUGUUUUUUUUAUUUGUACCCUUUUUGAAUAAAAUAGAUUUGUACUGUAUAUUUGUACCGCUGUGAACUACUUAAGGCUGUUUUGUUUUUGUUUUGCUGUUUUAAUUCUAUGUACUUAAGGACACAAAGAUAUUGUAUUUUUAUUGUUACAGCUAACUUCUUGGAGACAUUGCAUUUAUCAUGUUUGUUAAGUAAACACAAUAAUAUAUAUAUAUAUAUAUACUUACUAUUA